AUAUAAAUUUAGCAGGAGGAUGGAAUGCAAGUGAAUGGAAAGUUGUCGAAAUGCAGCUUACCAGAAUAGUGAAUGUUGAGCUAUAUGGAUGGCAGUGUUGUGGUUGGGGUUGUGGUUGAGUUGGGGCGUCGUAGUGAAGUACGCUAACGGAAUGGUUCAACUUAGUGAGCCAGAAAAUCGCAAUGUGAAAGAGGAAGGGUCCGAUAAUGAUCAAAGAACAGCAACGAGGCUACUCACCGACUCUUUUAUGUCAAUUGCUAGGAGCCUGCGUGGUCCAGCUAAGACGCGGCAGGCAGUCUCCGGAUGGGUUGGUCAUGUCAUGUGCAGCCAUCUGACCCCGAUUUUGAGCAUAAUCAAGCCUCGUCGGUUUACCGGUCUUAGUCGAUUACUAUCCUCGGGCCGUAAUAGUGCAACGUUGAAGGGUCUCCCUCCGUUCCACUUCGAGGAAUUUCUGGGGUUUUGCGAGGCUAUUCUCACGGAGACAAAGCCCACCCUCCAGAAGUCACAUCUUGCAAACCAUCUGCAGGUUGACGAAUUGGUACCAAAUCGAACAUUUUAGCGCACUGCGGCCAAGCAAGCUGAAUUCUGACGCAGGCAAAGAUACGGCCGGCCCGUAGAUCGUCAUGACCAUGCCAUUCGUCGCCACUAUGAUUCGCGGCUUGACGUGAUAGCCGUUUGAAGUUGCUGUGUAACUGCAGAACCAGGAGCAGAUAAUGCCGACGCCAGUG